AUGUGCUGCCUGUUUGCCAUCGUGCCUGUGGAUUUUAGUGGCACCUGGAACUUUGUUUCUAGCGAUAAUUUUGAAGGCUAUAUGUGGGGCUUAGGUAUUUAUUUUGCAAUGCGAAAGAUAGCGAAAUUGCUGAAGCCCAAGAAGGUUAUUGAACAAGAUGGGGACUCCUCCUCUAUCCACACGACAAGCACUUUCCAGAACUACUUUGUCCAGUUCAAAAUUGGGGAGGAGUUUGAGGAAGACAACAAAGGCCUUGACAACUGGAGAUGGAAAAGUGUAGUUACCUGGGACGGUGACAAGCUGGUUUGUGUCCAGAAGGGAGAGAAGAAAAACAGAGGCUGGAGUCAUUGGAUUGAAGGAGAUGGACUCUAUUUGGAACUUCGGUGUGAAGACCAAGUAAGCCGGCAGGUUUUCAAGAAAGAAUGA